AUGAGUCUCCGGCUCCCAAGACAUAGACCUGGUGGGUAUCGGAGGGUUGCCAUCCAGCAGGUAGAUACCCUCAAAAUCACGGACGACGAUGCCGCCUUUAUCCUUGGAAAGGGUGGCAAGACCAAAGAGAAGAUCGCACGCGUCUCGGGCGCCGAGAUCGAACUCUUUGAGAGGGACCUGAUUUUGGAGAUCCGCGGGUCGAAGGUUCAACGCCGGCGAGCCAAGAAAUAUUGUGAAGGUGUCAUGGCACAACGCACUGGCCCGGUCAACAUCACCGAGGAGUACAACGAUGAUGACCUGACGAUGCUCAUGGUACCGCAAGAGACGGUCGGCUUCGUCACGGGAAGGGCUGGCAAUUUCCUUCGAACCAUCGAAGAAGAGUGGGGUACUCUGAUGUUCUUCUGUGAAGUGGGUUCUGGACGGCGCGACAAGGACUUCGAGAAGCUGGCGAUCUUCGGCGACAUCCGCGGGCGCCGUGGCGCAGAGCUGAAGGUGCUGAGCGCCAUCGAGACCAAGAGCCCAGGUUACCUGGGGAAGAUCAAGAACGAAGUGAUCGACCGCGACAAGGGAAAGGAUCCUGAAGGCACCUGGUCCACUGACACCAUGACCUUCCAGGACGAUGAGCUCUCGUACGCCUUGGGCAAGCAGGGUGGCACCCGCAAGAAGCUGGAGCGGGCAUCAGGCUGCAUCGUGCAGUACGUGGGCCACACCUGUUUGUUCUCAGGGACCCGGGCGGAACGCCGCCGUGCAAAGGACUACAUGAAGUGGCUCUUCGCCCAAUUAGAAGGUCCCGUUUAUGUGGACGGCUGGGAGGAUCGUGACGACUGCUGUGUUGUUCACGUCCCCAGUGACUGCAUCGGUUACAUCACCGGCAGCCGCCGUGCCACCUUGGGCCGGAUGGAAGAGGAGUGGGGAACCCUCAUGUUCUUCAUGACCAAGGACGGCGAGAAGGGCGGCCGCUCGGGGCAGGCGGAGAAGCUCAUCAUCUGCGGCAACGAGCGGGGCCGCAGAGGCGCCGAGCUGAAGUGCAUGAACGAGAUCGAAAAGAAGGCCCCAGGGCACUUCUCACGCGGCCUGAGGGAGAAGUUGUCAGACUCGCGAGGCUUUGACACUGAUCGUAUGGCCAUCAAAGAAGAUGAGCUCAGCUAUGUCAUCGGUAAGGAAGCUGCGACUCAGAAGAAGAUCGAGAAGGCAGCGGGCUGCAUUCUGCAGUUUGUGGGACGCUAUGCCUUCAUGGCAGGAAUUUUGAAGGAACGAAAAAGAUGCAAGGAGUACAUCGGAUGGCUCCUUCAGCAGCUCAAAGGCGCUGUGACGAUCCCAGAUGUGACGGAUCGGGAAGAUUGCACAGAAAUGCAUAUUCCCGCCAACUGCAAGGGCUGGGUCACUGGCAAUCGCGGUAGCGAGUUGCGUCGCAUGGAACAUGAGACGGCCACCUACAUGUUCAUGGCGCUGGAUGGUCGCGGAGACGAGCGGCUCUGCAUCUUCAGCCACGAAUUGGGCUCCAAAGUUUCCACCACCGGGCGGAUGGCUGCAGAGCGCUUGGUGAACGAGCUCGUGCAGGAGAAGCUGCGCGGCGACGAUGACCGCCGCAGCGACUCCCGGGGGCGCUCCCCGCCGCGGCGCCGUUCCGACUCGCGCCGUCGCUCGCCGCCUCGCUCCCCACCGCGACGGUCGCCCUCCUACCGGGGCAACAGAAAGGGCCGCCGCGACUCGCGAGCGCGCAACGACUCGCGACGGCGAUGAGGUCACCCGACGGCGGGCAGCCGCUGCGGGCGGCCGCUCUGUCGGUGUUUCGGUGUGUGACAGGUGUAUCACGUGGUGAAAAAAAAGGGAUGGCGGUCCUCUCCCAGAGGGGCUGCGGGGAUGGGCG